CGGGGGCUGCUCCUUCAACGAAAGGAGUAUGAUUCCCACCACGCCACCAUAGGCACAGCAGAGGCUCCAUCUGGCCGCCCAUCUGUCGACUAAGCCGGCAAUCUAGUCUUGAUCCUGUUGGCGCAGUACUGGUGGGUUAGGAAGGAUCUUCGCUUGCUUUUUCUCUUUCAAGGCACUAUCAAUCCCUCGCUGACCCUCCUUUCUAUCAGUAUACUACAGCUAAUAAUGAUUUCUCCGGUCCUAUAGUUUGCGCUUUUCCUGCAGCUCCUCGGAAAUAUACUCGGGCAUAUGAUUUCUUCUUUUGCGCUUUCUUCUGCCCAUUCUCUUUUUAUUCUCUUACUGCCGCUGCUAAACCUUCGUCCGGAGGCUUCUUCUUCUCUUCUUCUACAGUUGCCCUCCUCUCUAUCGACAGUGCGGCAUCUCCGGGGUGGAAACCGUUGACCCGAAGCAGAUUCGUUGGGCUCCUCACUUAGGUUCUUGAGCUGGUCUCUUGUACAUUGUUAAAUUUCGCACACCUUUAGUCAAAUUCCGGACACAUGUGGACUGUCUGAAGUUACCGGCUAUCAGUUACCGUCAACCAUGAAGUGGGCAACUUCAAGCUCGCUGCUUGCCCUGCUCGCAGGGACUGCAACAGGCUGGCCCUACGAGGAGUCUUUGGUCGACUACAAUCUCAAUGUGAACAAGAAUGCCGCCACUCCAGCCGACUACACCGCACCAGAAUGGCCGAAUCACAAAUACAUGCCUUCGCCGGACAACUGGAGGUUUCCAUUCUACACCCUCUUCCUAGAUCGAUUUGUCAACGGUGACCCUACCAACGAUAAUAUCAAUGGCACGCUUUUCGAACAUGACCUAAACUCGAAUCAAAUGCGACACGGCGGUGAUGCACAAGGCUUGGUUGAUACACUUGACUACCUUCAAGGAAUGGGAAUCAAGGGCAUCUAUCUCGCAGGUACCGUUCUCAUGAAUCAACCUUGGGGUGCGGAUGGUUACUCGAUCUUGGAUACAACAUUGUUGGACCAGCAUUUUGGCACGAUUCAAACUUGGAGAAACGCAAUCGAUGAAAUCCAUAAGCGAAAGAUGUACGUGUUGUUUGACAACACUAUUGCAACAAUGGGCGAUUUGAUUGGCUUUGAAGGCUAUUUAAAUGUCACUACCCCAUUCUCCGUCAAGGAACACGAAGCCCUUUGGAAAACUGACCGCCGCUAUGUUGAUUUUGAUAUCGGAAACGAGUACAACAGAACUUGUGAAUAUCCUAGAUUCUGGAACGAGACUGGUUGGCCAGUUGAUAAGGAUGCCCGCGAUCAGCUUCAGGGCUGUUAUGAUAGCGAUUUUGACCAGUAUGGUGACAGGGAGGCGUUUGGUGUCUACCCAGACUGGGAGCGUCAAUUGGCCAAGUUUGCUUCAGUGCAAGAUCGUCUCCGUGAAUGGAACCCAAGCGUCCGAGAGAGAUUGAUCAGACACUCUUGCAUGAUAAUCAAAGCUCUGGAUAUUGAUGGCUUCCGCUAUGACAAGGCCACACAAUCUACCGUUGAUGCUCUGGGAGACAUGUCAAGUGCUUAUCGGGAGUGUGCUCGAGACGUUGGCAAGGACAAUUUCUUUCUACCUGGGGAAAUUACAGGCGGGAAUAACUUUGGUGCAAUCUACCUUGGGCGUGGCAGACAGCCAAACCAAUACCCCGACUCUGCAAUGGAUUCAAUGCGGAUGGACAACAAGUCUGAUCAUCAGUACUUCCUUCGUGAGGACGGCCUACAGGCCCUUGAUAGCGCGGCCUUUCACUAUUCAACCUAUCGCUCACUUACUCGGUUUCUUGGGCUUGAUGGCAAUCUCGCUGCUGGUUACGACACCCCUGUUGACUGGACUGAUGCUUGGAACGUGAUGGUGAUGACCAACGACAUGAUCAACGCGAAUACCGGAAAAUUUGACCCACGCCACAUGUAUGGUGCCACGAAUCAAGACGUGUUCCGCUGGCCAGCGCUGGAGCAAGGCAUUGAGAGGCAGCUGUUGGGGAUGUUUAUCACCACCCUACAUCUUCCUGGAAUUCCGCUCUUGCUUUGGGGGGAAGAGCAAGGUUUCUACAUAUUAGAUGCAACAGCAGAUAAUUACGUUUAUGGCCGUCAGGCCAUGUCCCCGGCCACGGCAUGGAGAACCCAUGGUUGCUUUGCAUUGACUGCAGGCCAAUACUACAAUUGGCCUAUCGGUCAGGGGCGCGAGGGUUGCCAUGACGAAACAGUUGCCUACGAUCACCGCGAUCCUUCCCACCCUAUCCGGAAUAUUAUCAAACACAUGUACCAACUUCGACAGGAUUUCGAGGUUUUGAAUGACGGAUACUCUGUUCAAAAGCUGUCUAAUCAAACUCGAGAGGUGUUCUACCCGGGCUCAAAUGGUACGGCCACAGAGAUUGGCGUGUGGUCUGUCCUGAGAGAUGCGGUAUAUAAAGUCCAAGAGCUCGACGACAACCAGCCAGUCUGGCUGGUAUAUCAGAAUGACAACACGACGGUUGAGUACAAGUUCGACUGCAGCGACAAUGACACAGCCUUGAUCUCCCCUUUCGCCACCGAAACCACUGUUGUCAAUCUGUUCUACCCGCACGACGAGUACGACUUGAAAGACAGCCCGAUGAAGCUCCAUCUCAACGGCUCCAAAGAGUUCAAUGGCUGCCUCGAUUCACUGACUCUAAAACCUUUCGAGUUCAAGGCAUUUGUUCCCAAGAGCCGGUUUGUUCGACCCGGACCCAUGAUUACCAGAAUAACACCAGGGCAUGAUCAACCCCUCAUCUCCAAAGUCGCAUCCGACGAAGCAGAGGAUAUUGAUGUGAGCAUCUACUUCUCCACCGAAAUGGACUGUGACUCCGUCACGAAGGCCAUCUCGGUCCGGUCCACGACAGAGUCCGGAAGAACAGCUUCUAUUGACAAGAACCAUGUCAAGUGCAAGAAAAUGGACCCGAGUGAGACGCAAUGGACUGCUCAACUUCCUAGCACAUGGGUAUGGACGUCGAAACUGACGGGAGCCUAUAACGGCAUUCAUCGUCUGACUGUCACCAAUGCUACUACUGAGAAUGGUGACCACUCUACAGAAGCGGUUGAUCACUUUCUCAUCCGCGUCGGCCAGGCCGAAAACCCCAUGGUAUCUACCGCAGCAAAUUACUCCACCGACCUCCUCCACCAGUAUGACAAUGGGACGCUCUACAUACGACAUAAAGCCGCAGGUGCCGACAAGUACCGGUACUCGACCAACUGGGGUAGCUCUUUCUCUGACUGGCGAGAUUACAAGGGUGGCGAGGAGAUGAUCGAAGAACAACCCUGGUCUGGGACAGACAAGCAGAAGUGGCAAGGAAAGCACGUGCGAGUCGAAUACUGGAGCAAGUUGACUGGCAGCAGUAGCUAUGUCCAGGAGGGCGACUAUGGUGUUGAUCGCCAGCGACGUUUCCCUCAUCUCUUCUUCAAUGGACCGUACAACCAGUACGGUUACGAUGCUGGUUUGGACAACGAGGUGAAACAAGACAUUGACGGCUAUUGGAAGUACAGACUUCGAGUGGAGUUCCCAGCCCAGGGACAGUUCAACGUUUGGGGCAUGAACCCGGAUGGGGAGCCCGACCAAAGCUUUGUUUUCGGCGACCUUGAUGCCGACGGAGUACUUGAUCGCAUGCCACCUUCAUCACUGAGCCAGCUUUCUGUCAACAUUACCGAACGGCCACCGUCUUCGUACCUGUCAUGGGAUCUUUGGAUCGACGAUGGCACCCAACGAAUCCAUUUCCAGCCGUCAGGGUCCAGAAACAUUCAGCUGGCUGUCUAUAUCCUCCUUUGGCUUGUGCCUCUUGUGACGGCCGCAGGGUGUGUAUAUGUUUUCAUGAAGUCUUUCUAUCAGGUCAAGUUCAAUCAGGUUGGAAUCAGUGAGAAGAAAUCGCUUUUUCCGUUCCUGUUCUCCAGGAAUAACUCCACCAAUCCCCUUGUUCGGCUCGCCAACAAGUCCGGUUUCCUCCAAAGCACACCUGCUUUCGGAACAGGAUCCUCGCAAAGGCGUUCAGUUCUCAUCGCCACUAUGGAGUACGACAUUGAGGAUUGGGGCAUCAAGAUCAAAAUUGGCGGGCUUGGGGUUAUGGCUCAACUGAUGGGGAAGAAUCUGGGGCAUCAAGAUUUGAUUUGGGUCGUUCCAUGCGUGGGAGGCGUGGACUAUCCAGAGGACCAACCCGCGGAGCCAAUGUUUGUGACAGUCCUUGGAAAUGUCUAUGAAGUGAAGGUCCAGUAUCAUGUGCUGAACAACAUUACUUAUGUUCUUCUGGAUGCUCCUGUGUUCCGUCAGCAAUCAAAGGCUGAACCCUACCCUGCCCGCAUGGACGACCUUGACAGCGCGAUCUACUACUCCGCCUGGAAUCAAUGUAUCGCCGAAACCAUCAAACGUUUCCCCAUCGAUCUUUAUCAUAUUAACGACUAUCAUGGUUCUAUCGCCCCGCUUUACCUUCUCCCUCAGACGGUUCCAGUGUGUCUCUCGCUACACAAUGCAGAGUUCCAAGGCCUCUGGCCCAUGCGAACCCAGAAGGAAAGAGAUGAGGUAUGCUCGGUCUUUAAUAUCGAGGUCGAUGUUGCAAGGCGAUAUGUCCAAUUCGGCGAGGUCUUCAACAUGCUUCAUGCCGGUGCAAGCUAUCUUCGUGUUCAUCAACAAGGGUUCGGCGCUGUGGGAGUUUCGAGGAAAUAUGGAAAACGUUCCUACGCUCGUUAUCCAAUUUUCUGGGGCCUUAAGAAAGUUGGGAAUCUUCCAAACCCUGAUCCCUCGGACACUGCCGAAUGGAACAAGGAGCUGCCUAAGGAUAGUGAUAUUCAGGUGGAUCCGACCUACGAGGCAAGCAGAGCGGAGCUCAAGCGCCAGGCACAAGGGUGGGCUGGUCUUGCUCAAAACCCUAACGCCGACCUUCUAGUCUUCGUGGGGCGAUGGUCAAUGCAAAAAGGAAUCGAUUUGAUUGCUGAUGUUAUGCCUGCCGUCUUGGAAGCCCGUCCCAAUGUCCAGUUGAUCUGUGUUGGCCCGGUUAUUGAUCUCUAUGGAAAGUUUGCUGCCCUCAAGCUAGAUCGAAUGAUGAAGCUCUAUCCUGGACGUGUGUACUCGAAACCUGAGUUCACUGCACUUCCUCCCUUCAUUUUUUCUGGCGCUGAGUUUGCUUUGAUUCCUUCGCGUGAUGAACCAUUUGGAUUAGUAGCCGUUGAAUUCGGCCGUAAAGGAGCCUUGGGCAUUGGAGCAAGGGUGGGUGGUCUUGGCCAGAUGCCAGGUUGGUGGUAUAACGUCGAGUCCACAACCACUGCCCAUCUUCUUCACCAGUUCAAAUUGGCUAUUGGAAGUGCGCUCAGCUCUAAGCCUCAAGUCCGGGCAAAAAUGCGUGCAAGAUCUGCAAAACAGCGGUUUCCUGUUGCUCAAUGGGUUGAGGAUCUGGAAAUUCUCCAGUCAACGGCGAUGCGAAUUCACAGCAAGGGCCUAGUCAAAUCCAACGGCCAGCCAUACAUGCCCUCUGGGUACAACACCCCGAAUGGAAUGAUGACACCACCAAUUGCCUCGACAGGAACUGUGACCCCGACUGGAGUACAGACGCCUCCUCUAGCUCACUCUCGUUCAGGAAGCUACUCAAACAUCAACCGCUUGAGCGCCUAUGGGCCUCAACAGCGGAACACAAUUGUCUACAGCAGGGAUCCUAGUCCAGGUGGUGAUGAGCAACAUAGAUCCAGCUUUGGCCGACAUCUAUCCCUUGGUGUCCGCGCUGGACCUGGACAUCUGAUCCGCCGUGGUCGCCGCAGGCUGAGGAGAAACAGCCAAGCUGGGACGGACGAAAACGCAAGCGUUUCCAUGACCGAAGAGAGCAGUGAUGACGACUUUAUCCCGAGUUUCUACGGUGAAUCAGAAUAUACCCUUACUCCUGAACAAGCAGAGGAAGCUCGCCGAGAGGACAUCGCAGCGCAGCAGGAGACCCCCCAUUCUACCGUCAGGGACUUUUUCAGUCGGAGACACUCCAGCCAGAGCUCAAUUUUUUCUCGUUCGAUGCUAUCCCCCGCGAGCUCGACGACCUUUGAUGGGGAUGAAACUCUCGUACCACCUGCACCACCAUUUUCUCAACCCGGAAACCGUCUCAGCAGUGCGUCUGUCCUCUCUGUCGAUUCGAUCAUUGGGGAGAAGAAAGACUACAAGCUGCAAAAGGUUGACCCGUCGUUUACGGACAGCACUGGGGAGUUCUAUAGGGUGUUCGAAGCCAAGCUUGAAAGACUGAACGGCGCCAAUUCUGAAUCACAGCUUUGUAUCGAAGAGUAUCUCGAGAAGAGUGAGAAGAAGUGGUUUGACAGAUUCCGUGACGCAAAGCUCGGCCGCAACCAGUCGCCUUCAUCAUCAGUCUUCCGCACCAAGUUCGAGGGCUCUUCGCCUAUGGCAAUUUCAAACGAGGAGGUCGGAUCGCGUGAAAGUGGAAGCCCUCCCAGGAGGCCAGACGAAUUCCUCCUUGGAAACGACUACGUUCCGCCCUCUGGUCUCAGGAAGUGGAUGCAAGUGCGAAUCUUUGACUGGCCAAUCUACUCUUUCAUCCUUGGUCUUGGACAGAUUAUCGCGGCCAAUUCGUAUCAGAUUACACUGCUCACUGGCGAAGUCGGCCAGAGGCCUGAAAAGCUCUAUGGAAUCGCGACUGUCUACCUCGUGAGUUCUAUUAUCUGGUGGUUCUUGUUUCGCUUCUGCAAAUCUGUUGUGGUACUGUCUCUUCCUUGGUUGCUCUAUGGUCUCGCAUUUGUUUUCAUUGGAAUCGCACAUUACGAAAGUGAUGGGUUUGCCAGAGCUUGGAUUCAGAACGUGGGCGCUGGAACGUACGCUGCGGCUUCAGCCAGUGGUUCACUAUUCUUCGCCCUCAACUUUGGAGAUGAAAGCGGUGCCCCAGUCAAGGAGUGGGUGUGGCGUGCAUGCAUCAUUCAAGGCACUCAGCAAGCCUAUAUCAUCGGUCUGUGGUACUGGGGAACGUCCAUCUCACAAGCAGUUACUAGCGGCAUUCCCAAUGUCCAGUCUCAUAUUACGGAGACCUGGAGAAUGACGGCCCUUUGUAUGCCUAUAGCAGUUUUCCUCUGGAUCCUUGGUCUCCUUGUGUUUUUCGGUCUACCGAACUAUUAUCGUCAGACACCUGGAAAGGUUCCAUCUUUCUAUCAGUCGGUAUCCCGUCGCAAGAUUAUCCUGUGGAACUUCGUGGUUGUCAUUUUACAGAACUUCUUCCUUAGCGCACCCUACGGAAGAAACUGGAGCUUCCUUUGGAGUUCAGUCCAUGCCGAUGCGUGGCAAAUCGGGCUUCUCGUCGUUCUCUUCUUCGGCUUCGUCUGGGUCGGCAUUCUGUUCGUAUUCGGCUACCUCUCGAAAUCCCACAGUUGGAUCCUGCCAGUCUUUGCCUGCGGUCUCGGGGCUCCCCGCUGGGCACAGAUCUGGUGGGGUGUCUCAGGAAUGGGUCUGUUCCUACCCUGGGCCGGCAGCUAUACAAGCGGAGCCCUUGUAUCCCGCAGUCUCUGGCUGUGGCUGGGUAUCCUGGACUCGCUUCAAGGCCUCGGCUUUGGCAUGAUUCUGCUCCAAACCCUAACCCGGAUGCACAUCUGCUUCACCCUCCUUGCAUCUCAAGUGCUGGGCUCAAUCGCGACUAUCUGCGCUAGAGCAUUUGCUCCGAACAAUAUCGGUCCUGGACCAAUUUCGCCUGAUGUCACUGAUGGCGCUAGCUCUGUCGCUAAUGCGUGGUUCUGGAUUUCUCUGUUCUUCCAGUUGUUGAUUUGUGCCGGUUUUCUACUGUUCUUCCGGAAAGAGCAGCUCACAAAACCAUAAAGGGCUUCUCAGCAGUGCCACCGUCAGCAUAUACUACUCAAAUCAAUAAAGGGACUCCACAUAUGACGCCCCUUGUACAUUAUCCGAACCGGUCCUCAUGACAAUCCAUCCACCGGCUUCGCUAUCCAAACGACCUCUCUAUCUAUCUGCAUAUUCUCGCAAUUCUUGACGAUAUUUUACCCUCUAAUGGGGAAACGACUUCGAGUCCACCUAAUGAACCGGAUGUUGAAUGUUAAUAUGGUCCAUCACCUAAUCAGCUUGUCCGCUACUCACUCACGACACGUAUGGGGCAAGACAUGUAUUUAAUGAUUCUUUUUUCUUUUUCUUUUUCAAUCUGUUGCUGUUUCCCUACUUCAUUUUGUC